CUGCGCCUGCAGCACACGGCGCUGCACAAGCUGAACGGGGCCGCCCUCCUGUUUCAGCUGCGCCUGCAGCACACGGCCCUGCACAAGCUGAACGGGGCCGCCCUCCUGGUGACCUUCCUGCUGUGCCGGGUGCUGCUCUUCCCCUACCUGUACUGGGCCUACGGGCGCCACCGGGGGCUGCCCCUCUGGGGGGUCCCGGCCUCGCUGCCCCCCCUCUACAACGGGGCCGCCGCCGCCCUCCUGGCCCCACAGCUCUACUGGUUCGGCCUCAUCUGCAGGAGGGCCUGGAGGACCUGCCGGGGUCCCGGGGGUCGGGGAGGGGCCGGGGGAGGGGCGAGGGCAGGGGGAGGGAAACCGCCCUGA